UAGCUCCAAAAACCCUCCUUUGAGUCCCACUCGGAGACAAAGAGACGAAGACGAGACCUUGAUCUCUGAAUGUUGAGAAGAACUCUAACUUUACUCCCACCACGAAGAAGACCCUUCUCUUCUUCGCCUAAAACCCUAACCCAACUCCAAAGAUCCUCCUUUGAAUCCUCUCUCCACAAUUCCCUAACCGCCCACGACACCGAUCAAGCAUGGAAGCUCUUCCGCUCCUUCGCCGCCGCGUCUUCUCUCCCGGACAAGCCUCUCCUCAACUCCCUCAUCACCCACUUAUCCUCCUCCCUCCACGGCGUCGGCGACACUCCCCUCAAGCACAGGCUCAAGCGCGCAUUCGUCUCCGCCGCUUACGUCAUCGAGAAAGAUCCCACCUUUCUCGAAUUCGACACUCUCCUCGCGCUUCUCCAAUCCAUGAGACUCGCCAAAGCUGCAGCGCCCGCGCUGGCGUUGGUGGAGUGUAUGUUCAAAAACAGGUUCUUUGUUCCCUUUGAUCUCUGGGGAGGAUUGGUUAUCGACAUCUGCCGCGAAAGUGGAACCUUGGCUUCGUUUCUCAAGGUGUUUAAGGAAAGCUGUAGACUUUCAACGGAUGAGAAGCUUGGUUACAUGAAACCUGACUUGGCCGCGUGUAACGCGGCUCUUGAAGCGUGUUGUUUGCAGAUGGAGUCUCUGACCGAUGCUGAGAGUGUGAUUGAGUCUAUGUCUGUGAUUGGUGUGAAGCCUGACGAGUCCACCUUUGGGUUUCUUGCUUACUUGUACGCAAGAAAGGGGCUCAAGGAGAAGAUAAAGGAGCUUGAGAGUUUGAUGGAUGGUAGUAAGAGAGUUCUUUACUCAAAUUUGAUCAGUGGAUAUGUUAAGAUUGGUGAUUUAGAUAGUGUUUCUCAUGUUGUACUACAAAGUCUUAAAGGAGAUUGUAGCUUCGGUGAGGAAACGUAUUGUGAAAUUGUGAAAGGGUUUAUUGAGAGUAAAAGCGUCAAGAGUUUAGCAACACUGAUUAUUGAAGCUCACAAGUUGGAGUCUCUGUCUACUGAAUCUGACAAGUCAGUUGGGUUUAGUAUUGUAAACGCUUGUAUUGAUCUCGGAUUCUCAGGUAAAAGUAUACUCUAUGAGAUGGAUGCUCAGGGAGGAUCAGGUGGGAUCGGUGUGUAUGUACCGAUCUUAAAAGCCUAUUGCAAAGAGAACAAAACAUCUGAAGCAACUCAGCUGGUUACAGAGAUCAGCAGCACUGAAGUUCAGCUAGAUGUCGAUACCUAUCAAGCUCUGAUCGAAGCUUCCAUGACCAAACAGGAUUUUGUAUCUGCGCUGACAUUGUUUAGGGACAUGAGAGAGACAAGAGUAACUGAUCUGAAAGGGAGCUACUUAAUAAUCAUGACAGGUCUCCUUGAGAACCAGAGACCAGAGUUAAUGGCAGCGUUCGUGGAGGAAGUUUUGGAAGAUCCUCGAGUAGAAGUGAAGUCACAUGAUUGGAAUUCGAUUAUUCACGCCUUCUGUAAAUCAAGGCGCCUAGAAGACGCAAAGAGGACGUUUAGAAGGAUGGUGUUCCUUCAGUAUGAGCCGAACCACCAGACGUACUUGUCGUUGAUCAAUGGAUACGUGAGCUGCGAGAGGUACUUUGAGGUUGUGGUGUUGUGGAAAGAGUUCAAAGAGGGGAAAGCAAAACUGGACCAUGCUCUUGCGGAUGCGUUCUUGAAUGCGUUGGUCAAGGGAGGAUUUUUUGGCACGGCGAUGCAAGUGGUGGAGAAGUGUAAGGAGAUGAAGAUAUUCGUGGAUAAGUGGAGGUACAAGGCAGCGUUCAUGGAGGCUCUGAAGAAGCUUAGAUUGCCAAAGUUGAGGAAGAGGAAGAUGAAGAAGGUUGAGUUUCUUGAUGCCUUUAGGAACUGGGUUGGCCUUACCACAUGAAUAAUUCUCUCAAAGACAAAAAGACCUUAAACUUGUCUGUUGAUGUCUCUUGGACAUACAUAAAUCUCAAAGUAAACUGUAGUAUCUUUGGUUCAAAGAAGUCUGAAAUUCAAAACAUUAAAUUGAAUCUU